CCCGCCAUAUUUAUUUAUUAUUCAUCAUCGUCCUCCUCGUCCUCCUCCUCCUUCCUCCUCCUUCUCCUCUUUCAAAUCUAUUUCUUCCCUCCUCCCUCCUUCUUCCGCCCGCCAUUAAGCAGCUACCUCUUUGAAUUUUACCACGGUUUUGAAGAAUAUAGUGUCAAGAUGGAGAGCAUAUUUCACGAAAAGCAAGAGGGUUAUUUGUGCGCUCAACACUGCUUAAAUGCUCUUCUCCAAGGUUCCUAUUUCAAUGCUGUUGAUCUUGCGAAUCUUGCUCAUCAAAUGGACGAAGAGGAGAGAAUCAGAAUGGCAGAAUCUGGGGUAGAGAGCGAGGAUUAUCAAAGAUUUCUCCAGCAACCGUCAGGAAAUAUGGAUGACAGUGGUUACUUUUCGGUACAAGUGAUAAGCAGCGCUCUCAAAGUCUGGGGUCUCGAACUUGUCCCAUACAAUGGAACGGAGCCGAUAGCCCUUGCCGCCCAGAACGACCCCGCUCAGAUGCAGGCUUAUAUUUGUAACUACAAGGGUCACUGGUUCACCAUAAGGAAAAUAGGCAAUCAAUGGUUCAACUUGAAUUCGGUGCUGGGCGGGCCACAAUUAGUUUCGGAUACUUAUCUAGCCAUGUACUUGGCUCAACUACUCCAGGAAGGAUACUCGAUAUUCGUUGUGAUUGGUGAUUUUCCGCAAUGCGUAGCAGAGGAUGUAAUACUAAGGAACCCGGUGUCGGCGAGCACCACCCGGACAAGAAGGAAUUCGCAAUCGACGAUUUCAGAGAAACGAGAACCAUUUAAGGGUGGUUACAGAUUGGGAACUGCCGUGGAAGAGGACACAGCUAAAAUAAUGGAGGCUGCUCAUGCACUGGAGCAAGUCAAAGUACCUACGGAGAUUAGAAGAAAUUUCAGCAUUGCGUCUUCCUCGAGAUUGAAAGAUUUUGAAAAAGACAAAAAGGGCAGGACGGAAGGUCCCAGAGAAAGAAUAAUUCCAAUUCAUUUGGAGAGUAAUCGAGCGAACGUGGAGCAGGAAGAGGAGGAAAAGACGGUGGCAUCAGAAGUCGAGGAAGAGGCCAAUUUGAAGCGAGCUUUACAACUCAGUCUUUGUGAACUUGAAGAAACAAAUAAUGCACCGGUACAAUCAAGAUUCACGAUCAACGAGAGAAAAAAUUCGUUCGAUUCGCGUGCGAUUCGGAAUUCCGAUAUGCCGGACGAAUCAUCCGAGGAUGAUGAGGAUAUGCAAAAAGCACUUCGGCUGAGCCUCGAAUGCGUAACAACGCCGGCGACACCGGAAACUGACGAGGAUCUUCGAAAAGCUCUUCAAUUGAGCCUGGAAUGCGUCACAUCCUCAAGCACACCCGAUCCCGAUGAUUUACGACGUCGUCGGCUCGUCCAUCUUGGAAUUCUCUCGAGAACUACGACCAAUGAAUCUUCUCCGAAACUCAACACUUAACGAUCGCCGUAUAUUUGCUUUUAUCCUUCACCUCGCCGUAUCUUUCCUCUCAUCCACGUCCAAAUUAAUCUUUAUUCGCUCACGCGAUUUCAACGUUACUACGAUUGUUAACAAGAAUUUGUGUUGGCAAAAGGCAAAUAGUGUGCGAUUUAAUAAGAAUGCGAUCGACCAAACAAUUAACUCCCGAGACGGCACAACGAACGCGACCUCACAAACGACACGUUCAAAUUUCUAUAAUAUAUAUUAAUACACCUAUAUAUCAAUGCGAAUCAUCAUCAUAACGAAGAAAUUGCUAUGGUUUUUUGUUAUCGGUUAAUAAACAAAAACGGGUAUUGCGAA